CUCAAGCCUAGCGGUAAAGCAGUGAGAUAGCGAAGAACGGCUUACGUUUGGAGAAUGUGAUAAUAGCAGGAACGGAAACAAUUGCCAAAUCGCUGACAUCGGACUGUGGCAAUUCAUGGUUUGGAGUUCAAAGAGUGGAAUUCUACCACAGUGUUGUAAUUUAAUUAAGCGCAUGGUUUCCGAUGAAACCAGAACAUAGAAGUUGGGACUAAGUAUAAAACUUCCCGGAGAGAGACAAGAUGUGGUUGUGGGAUAUUCGUCUCUACCUGUUGGUGAUAAUUUCACAGUGUUUACUUCUGACGAAUGGUGAUGAUGACGUGACGGACAGACAAGCUCACGUUAGACAUCACCAUCACCACCGUCACCGACAAAGAGUGCCAUUCCACCGGCGGAUAUGUGAGCGCUACCCGCGACACACCACCGCACAGCGUACCCCCGGGGGAUAACGGCUUCCGGAUACGAGUGUUGGGGGUACCCUCCCCCGACGGUUACAUCCCGGGCGAGGUGUACACAGUGGUGAUCAAUGGCACCUACCCUGGCCAACAUUUCAGAGGUUUCAUGCUGGUCGCUGUCCCUCAGGGAGCCAAGUCAGAAAAUGUGACCAUCGGAACCUUCAAGACAUUUGAUGAUGAAAUGGCGAAGGAGGCAGAGGAUUGCUCCCAUACAGUCAUGAUGCACCAGACCCUGAGCAAAAAGAAGGAAGAGGUGUCACUCAUGUGGGUGGCUCCCUCUGCUGGUGGAGGAUGUGUCGAACUCAGGGCAACAGUCAUUGAACAUCCCCACAUCUGGUACAGGGAUGAUGGCGCUCUAACUAAAGUUUUCUGCGAAGCCGGUCAGGGAGAUGCUGCAGUUAUUGACCCUGCCCCAGAGUGCUGUGCCUGUGGAUAUGCCUCCUACAAACUCACCUUUGAAAACAACUGGUCACACCACAACCACCCUAAAGAUUUCCCACCCAAAAUAUUUGAGCCACUUCUCCAUUGGUCAAACAUAGUAGGGGCAUCUCACAAUGAUAACUACAGAAUCUGGGCAUACGGGCAGUAUUCCUCCCCGGGGGUGAAGCAGGUCUGCGAGUUUGGUUACCCCAAUACUGUAGAGAAGGAACUCAGAGAGCAUACUACUGAUAUUCGCACCGUUGUCAAGACGACCAGUAUAUUUAACCUGCGAGAGACUCGAGAGGCUCGUUUCACAGUUGACAAAAAACAUCACCUGUUCUCCUUCUUGUCCAUGCUGGGUCCCAGCCCGGACUGGUGUGUUGGUUUGAGUGGUUAUGACAUGUGCCUGCCUAAUUGCUCCUGGGCCCAUGAUCAAGUGAUCGAGCUCUUUCCCUGGGAUGCUGGCACUGACAGUGGCGUUACAUAUAUGUCAAAAAAUGUCAAGUCCCAACCUCCAGAGAAGAUUCACCGCAUCACAAAUACAUUCCCGGCUCACCCUGAAGCUCCAUUUUACAAUCCCGGGCUGCAGAUGAAGCCUGUCGCCCGGCUCUACCUCAAGCGGCUCUACCCCAGGACAGACAACGAGAAGUGUGAGGAGGAGAAAGAGGGUCAGCCAGAUGACGACGAUGACUCGCCUUCUGAUGAGGAACUCAUUGCCAUGAUGAAGAAGAAAAUGAUGAUGCAGAAGAAAAUCCAAAUGGAGAAAUGCGCUACAAGUGAAUGGGCAGAUUGGACGGAGUGCACAGUGACGUGUGGGGUAGGCUUCAAGUACCGCAAAAGGAUGUUCCUCAACCCCCUGGUGACAGAAGAUAUGUGUAACUUAUCCCUAGAGGAAACAGAUAACUGUAUUGGGGUGGAGAACACCUGUGGGGAUGACCUCAGUAGUAUCUAUAGUUACCGGCAAAAAGGACGCGGCCGGCGCCCCAACAGGAAGAAGAACAAGAAGAAGUUUGAAGUACGUUAUGAUGAGGCCCCGGACCCCAAUGACCCGUGUGCCAUGACCCCGUGGUCAGACUGGUCCCCGUGUAGUGUCUCCUGUGGUAAGGGUGUGCAUGAGAGGUUUCGCAUGUUCCUGCAUAAAUCUGGGACUGGACACUGCACUCAGUCCCGCAUGGAGAAGGAAGUCUGUAUGGCCUCCAUCGUGGACUGCCACAAAGCCACCAUGAUGAAGAACUUCACAGCUGUGUGCAGUCUGAGAGUGGAUCGGGGACUCUGUCGGGGAAACUUUCCACGCUGGCAUUACAACACCAACAUGAGGAAAUGUCUGCCUUUCGAUUACACCGGCUGUCGGGGAAAUGACAAUAACUUUGAAACAAUGGAGCAAUGCCGUCAGAUUUGUGAAAGUCACAUGGCGACCCUGAACAUUCCAAGUAACGAUGAGGUGCAGGGCAGUGAAGAAGAAGCUCUCAAGUUGGCCAUGAUGAAGAAGCAGAUGAUGUUACAACAACAGCAAGGGAAUGCUGAGGAUGAGAAUCUCAAGCAGCUGAUGAUGAAGAAAAAAUUGAUGGAACAACAGGGAGCUGGUGGUGAGGAGGAUGAAGAUCUAAAACUGCUGAUGAUGAAAAAACAGCUGAUGGAGCAACAGCAAAAUGCUGACAGUGAGGAUCUCAAACUCCUCAUGAUGAAGAAACAAAUGAUGGAACAACAACAACACCAGCAGCAGCAGGGUGGUGAUGAUGAAAACUUAAAGCUGCUCAUGAUGAAAAAGCAGCGGAUGAUGUUACAACAGCAGCAGCAAGAACGGGAAGCACGUGCCCAGCGUGAGCGCGAGGAGUGGGAAAGGCGAAGGCGGGGUCCUCGAGUAGACUGCAUGGUGACCCCGUGGACAGACUGGACCCCGUGCUCUGUCAGUUGUGGCAAAGGAAUCACUACCAAACUGAGAAUGAUUAAAGCACAACCUCAGAAUGGGGGUAAGAAGUGCCCCAGAAGACUAAUGAAGAAAAAGAAAUGCAAGCGGAGGAAAUGUGCCAUUGAUUGCCGGAUGUCCAACUGGUCGGGCUGGUCACGGUGUAAUAAGACUUGUGGCACAGAUGUAAUACAAGAGCGGCGGAGACGGGUACAGAAACGACCAAAGCAUGGAGGCAGACCCUGUGACGCUACGUUGGAAAGACGCUACUGCAGGCUGCCAGAAUGCCCAGGGGAAAAGGAUCAGAGAAGUUCUAAGAUACAGUACUACUAUCCCAUGCAGCAGUCCGGACUGUGAAUGAAACGACUGACUGGUACCGUUGACACAGAGGGUGAUUGGACGAUACCUUCUGUGCAAUACUCGUCAUAAUGACCAAUCAGAGCAUCUCUACCAGACAGAAGGAUUCAUGUGCCUCAGUCUCAGAUAUCUCGUACCUAAUAACCCGCUUUAUGGAUCUACAACACUUGGUGGAGAAAUGGCUGGUGGACAGAUGUGACCCGAGAGGACUCUCACCCGUUGCCAUGACAAGAACAUAUGUUGUAUACACUGACAUGCUGAGUGCACAAUGAUCAGCUUUGAUGACUCACUCAUCAGCACGAACUUUAUUACAAACUUUUGACCUAGUCAUUCUUCAUGUAUGAACUUAAACAGUAAAUAUUAGCAGGACAUUGUGCUGCUAAAAUCAAGACCUCUUCAUACAUCACAAUACACAUGAGAUGUUAACCUUGUAUUCAUGUAAUAGUCGCUCAAGAAUUGGAAGACAUUCUGGAGCUGCAAGUCAAAAUAAUGAGAGAUAACUCUGGACUAGCUGUCUCCUGUCGACUUGGUUGCAAGUUCUUUAAUUUGCAAAACAUAUUGAAUAAAUAGUUGGGUAAAUUAAACACUGUAUAUAAAUGAUCUAAUAUUGUUAAUAAUCAUUGGCCGAUUGACCAGUCUUGCUAAAUGUUAUGAUAAUUGGGUCAGUCAGCUCUUCAAAUUUUAAGAAAAUUAUGCAUGUGCUACAUUUUAGAUUCUUCAACCUUUAUGCAUUAUGUAAGGGAGGAGAUUUUUGUAUAAGAUAGUACACUUCACAUCUUUUUGAAUGUACUGGGUACUUUUGGAACAAGUUAUAAUUUACCAAUUGACAUUUAUUAUUCAUGUGUAUUUGGUCAAUUGGGAACCACUUUUGCUACAUACUUGAAGAACUGAGAUUGCCAAGAAGCUCCUGUACCUGUUAUUGUAGAAUGCCAGACUUACGGUACUCAAGUACCCGUCAUAGACUCUUGUAGACCUAGUAUAUGUACAUUAAUUACUUAAGCCAAAUUCUGAUAAGGUAGACUUGACCUUGAUGAUCCACUAUGUACAUUACAAGGAAACAUUAUAAUCAUCAAUUGAGAGGACAUCUCCACUGCCAAUCAUGUUUUAAUUACCUCAUGUAGUUUACAUGGACCAGAACGGGCCCACCCAGCCAGGGUAAUCCAGACAGUCUGUCAUCAGUUCAGUAUGUAACAUGUACCAGUUGUGUACAAGGGCUGUGAAGCUGGGCGCUGGAUGGGGGAUGAGUGCUUCAGCAUUCUCUGUAAUAUUUUACCAUUUACUAUGUUAGUAAUGUUUAAUACAAUUUCUGUGCCACACUCUUUGUAAUAUGUCACACCUUCUGUAGGAUACAUCACACCUACUGUUUUUAUUGAAUAACUCAAGACUCCAUUAGCAUAGGAAUAUGUUUCCCUUGACACAGGUGGAUAUGGAUGUGCAAGUUUAGCUGUAUCUAACAAAUUAUACAGCAUAACUAGACCAAAUUACACCUUCUUGCCUAUCAAGUGGUGUUGUGUGGCAUACUGUUUUGGUGAUUAAGCAUUUCCAGUUCUUCAAACCCCGAAGAAGAGAAUGUAAUAAUACUGUAGAUGUUUAAGCAGGUCAUUCUGUGUUAGGUAGUUUAUCAUAUGUGUAUGUACUUCAGACAAUCUCAGGUAUCCUCUGUUAAGCCUUGUUCCUAUGUUUCCACAUGUCCUUAUACAUAGCCACUGGUUACAGUAUAGUUAAGGUAAUGAUCAGUUGACCAGACCAGAGCUUACAGGAUGACCACAGCUGUUGCUACUCAUCGCAACAAUGUUGUCUCAGUCAACUUUUUAACUGUGGUAAAGUUUUCAAGUUGUUUGAAAUCAAUCUUUCAGGUGUAAUGACAAAUUAUUUAUUUUCAGAGAAGAUUCUUAGUAUGUGGUUUGAUUGUACUGUUACUGACGGUCAGUUAUAAAGACAUUCUUUACGCCCAGACCACAGAGCUAGCCAUCACAACAAAAAUACACACUCAGAACUGAGUGGUCAGGAAAUGUGGAAUGGACAGGAUGGUUUGAAUUAUCUUAACUGAUCCCAAUUUGCUACUCUGAGGUUUAUCUCAGUUUUGGUCUGGUUAUCUCAGUUUUGUUCUGGUUUGCUGAACAUUGCAGCCUGAUGUUUAUUGACUGUUUAUGUAUAUUCUCUGAAAUUGGUUAAAUAAAAUGUUACAUAAUA